AGUUAAGUUAUCUUCGUUACAGGUGGAUAUGACGGUAUCCUCUCUCUUAUCCAUGGCGGCCACCGCCUCAGCCGCUGCCCUAACCAUGUUAAUAUACAAGGCUUGCCGCAAGAGCUUCCUUCAACGCCCCGACAAAGGGGACCUUUCAACGCUCGGUCCACAAUGCGAACCCGAAUGCAAUCCAUGUGGCAAGAUCCUAUUCUUUUCCCGAAUCGGAACGUCAAAAGCUCUGGCGCAGCACCUCCGCUAUAUGUUAGCCUCAAACGGUGUUACUUUAGAGCUCGUAGAUACGGUUGAUUACGAGCCCGAAGACCUACCUAAGGAGAACCUCGUCCUCAUUGUUGCUUCAACUGCGGAACAUUGGAACCGAUCUCCGCCACAACCGCCUAUCAGCACGAAAGAUACCUCCCUACGUCUUGCAGAAGAGGACUUCGCCAGGUGGCUCAAGGAGAAAGUGAGUAACUUUGAGGGUGAAGUGUUUGCUGUGAAGGCUUGCACUUUCAGUGCGUUUGGUGUGGUCGGUAGGGUUUCCGAAGAUGGCAAGAAUUUGAUGGCUAAGGCCGCCAAUCACAUUAGGGAUUUGGGUCACGCCACUCAAUUCAACCCUGAUUUUGAUUUUGACAACUGGUGGCAAAGGGCUGUCGGGGUUUUGAAAGGUGCAGUUUUGGAAGAUACAGUUGCUGUUGGCAAGUGCCAGCAAUCUGAACCUGAUCGCUUUUAUGUUUUUGUGGAAAAUGUUGAGGGUGUGGGUUCUUCUACUACCUUCACCCGCAAGAUGUUAACUGUCACUGAGGCGGACUUGAUGAAGAAUGGCUGUGUUGAUCUUGAAGAAGCAGGUCCUGUUACUCCUCUUGCCAAAGGUAUAAAAAUUGAUUCCUCGCUAUCACAGUCCCUAGAAUUCUGUUCCGUUGGUGGUGUCUUGUACUUCGUCCCUGGUAGGUUGAUGGGUGGUAUUCCAAAAGAAUAUGGGGUGAUCAUGGACCUACAUUACCCCAAAAAAUUCUGGUGCCUCAAAUACGAUGGUUCUACUUGGAUUUGGAAAUUAUUGGGUAACACGUUCAUCAGUCGUAAUAGAGCUUUAGUAGUCCCAUAUGAUGGCAAGUUGUUAAUCUUUGGGGGUGGUUGGAUUGAGAUCUAUGACCCAAAAUCAGAUUACUGGGAUAGAAGGGAAGUACCUUAUAACGCCUUGAUUCAAGGUUCUAUGGAUCCUGAAUCUUACUUUUUGUGGGAGGACAAGAGCACCAAGCAUCAUAAGACCCUCAUUUUCUUGUAUCGUUUUAGUAAGUUGGGAGGACGAUCGAUUGUGUCAUAUGAUGUUGAAGCAAACAGAUGGAAACCCAUUGAGUGCCAAUUUCCGAAAAUUCGUCGUGAUGUGUUCUGUACUACAAAACUUGUUCUUUUGGGAUCUAGUGAUUAUCUCCUAGUUGUUGAGGAGCUAGCCUCUAAUUGGUAUGUGUACGACUUGUCUAGGAGGAUGGUUAUGGCAGAUCUGCAUAUAGAUGGUCUGGACGAUACUUGGCGGGUGUUGCAUGUUUUCUGUUGUCAUCACAACCAGAAAGAAAAAGAAAGUCUGAUUUAUAUGUUCAUGCAACAGAAUGAAUCUGGGCUUCAUGACCUUGUUCAUUAUGCCAGAGUCAAGCUCAAAACGGAUAGUCUUUUUUCUGUCAAGGUUGAAUCCAAGGGUUAUUUUAAAGUUGGUCCCUAUACCAAACUCUAUAUGUUUGCUGUUGGAGACGAAGACAUUGAAGGGAAGAAUGCAGCUUAGUUGUUGUUGUUGUCCUCUAUUAACCCCAUGUUCGUAAACUUCUUUUUUAAACCACACAGAAAUAAAGAAUGAUAAACAACAU